AUGGGUACUGUUUGGACCGGCAACCCGCUGUCAUUGAGUCCAGGUUUCUCCCUUGACGGCACUUCUUCGAAGGUACAUAACCUUCUCGGAAACCUUCUCGGUCUUCUAGGAGAGCCUCAAGGAAUAGGGAGAUCCCACAACUUCAUCGAAUCAGAUGCUUCACUCACUCGCGAUGAUCUGUAUCUGACUGGAGACGCUUCGACAAUGAACAUGACCAAGUUUUUGAAGCUGUUCGACCGUGCCAAUCCUGAGACCGACGUGAUAUCCACAGACGAGGUAGUGCAGCACUCCGUUGAAGGACUCCAAGAGUGCAUUGCCAAUAAUCCCUACUGUUGGUACGGACCGUACACAGGAAUGGUUGCUCGUAACGCUGGCGUUGCUUUCACUGCCCGCCUACUGGCGAACCACUCUGCUGAAAACCCGGGUGGUAUCUUGACCAAGGAUGUCUUCAAGUCCUUCUGGGGAGUGGUUGAUACUGACGAGGGAAAGCUGGAAUACAAACGCGGCUGGGAGCGCAUUCCAGAAAAUUGGUACAAGAUUCCAGUUGAUUAUGGCUUGGUACAGCUCAACCUAGAUUUCAUUGACUGGUUCCUAAAAUAUCCCCAACUCACCUCGAUUGGAGGGAACACAGGAACUGUGAACUCGUUCACGCCAUUGGACUUUUCGAAUCUUACCGGAGGAUUACUCAAUGUUCAGACGUUGUUGGAAGGGAACAAUUUAAUCUGCUUUGCAUUGCAGGUUGUCAAGACGGUGUCACCCAACUCCUUGUCGAACCUCUUCAAGACCCUGGCUGUUCCUCUCGGCCUUCUUACUGAUGCGCUGGGUACGGCCAUUACGGCCUUGACAUGCCCGCCAUUCGGAGAUAUGGCGUAUGGAGGUCAACCACUCUGGGAUUCAAUAAUCAAAGACUAUGCUGGCCCUGCACGGGCUGCCUCUCCGCUUUGA